AUGGAUCAAGUCUCACAAAGGACACAGUUCAUAAUAUACUCAGUGUUUAGUAAUAUUUUGGCUGCUGGGGUCAUAUGGCCAGUGGUACAGAGUAGCCCUACGUUCUAUUCUGCUUCAGUCAAGCUUUCAGAAGGUGUCAGUAUUAUCGUAUUGGCAAAUUGGCUUGUGGUGAUGGCUGCUAUAAUUGGUAAAGCACUACAGAGAGUUCUGUUUGGAGAAUUAAGACUUAUAGAGAUUGAUCACAUAUAUGAGAGAUCCAGAUUCACAGUGUUGAAUAGUUUAAUUGCAUUGACAAUGUUUAGUAAUGAUUUUUUGUUAGUUUCAGGUAUCCUGACAUUGUUUUCAUUGUUCAUGAAGGUAUUCCAUUGGGUAUUACAAGAUAGAUUUGAUUAUGUGUUCCAACAUGCCACAAUUCCUUCAGAAAUUCUACGGACUAGAAAUACAUUCACUCUAUUUUUAUUAUUAUUUGUUGAUUAUCAUUUAGUAUACUCUUGUGUUGAAUAUUCAUUUGGUAAUAACCCUGAUGUUUAUUUUGCCUUUGGAUUUGAAUUUACAGUGUUAUUCUUAAAUUUGUUAUUGUUAGGAUCUAAAGUCUUAUUAAAUGCAUAUGAAUUGGUAUAUUUGAAAAAUCAUCCAGAUGAAGAUGUUAUGGAAGCUAAAAGUUUAUAUGUGAAGGUUUUAGAAAUCAUUCAUAGUUCUUUAAUUCUGAUUAUUCAUAUGUUUCUGUUAUUCACUUUAUUAGGUCCAUAUAGAUAUCCAAUUUAUUUAUUCAAAGAUGUUUUUUUCAAUUUUCUCAAUCUAUACAGACAAAUUGAUUCAUUGAUUAAAUAUCAAAGAGCUGCUAAAGAAUUAGAUCUGAAAUUACAAGAUGCAACAGCAGAAGAUUUAUCUGAUGAUAAUAACCUUUGUAUUAUUUGCAGAGAUGACAUGACUGUUGAAGGGGUUCGUAAAGGUGAACGAACUUAUCCAAAGAAAUUGAAUUGUGGUCAUAUUAUUCAUUUGGGUUGCUUGAAAGGUUGGUUUGAAAGAUCACAAGCUUGCCCAAUGUGUAGAGCACCUGUAUUUAACUCCACCAAUAAUAACAGAAAUGGGAACAAUAGCAAUACCAAUAAUAACAAUAAUGUCAAUAAUAACCAACAAAAUCAAACCCCAGUACAACCUCAACCUCAAGGACAAUUGCCAACUCAAACACAAUUACCUGGUGCUCAACAACAACCUGUAAAUCACCAAACUCAUAAUGUUAGCAACAAUACAACAGCCCCACUACCACCACCACCAUUUUUAAAUCAACAUUUAGCUCAUGGAUCAGGAUUUUUCCAUCGUCCAACUCAAACAACAAAUUUAUUACAUAGAAAUGAUGCAAAUGAUCAUACAUUGAGAUUAAAAUCAAAUGCUUUAACUCCACCAGAUUGGGUAUUAUUCAAAUUAUCAAAUGCAUCACCAAAUAAUGAUGAAUAUCAAAUUAAAUUAAAUGGUAAUACUACAGCACAAUUAAGAAGAAUAACAAAUGUUAAUUCACCUUCAAGAAUCACAUCUGAACUUAAUAAAAAACAAAGUAAACAAUUAGAAGAUCCUUCUAUGGAAGCUAUGAAAAAUAUACCAGGAGGAAUUUCUGAAGAUAAUGAAAACACAAGAACUAGAUCAUCCUUAAAUCAAUCCACUGAGUUAAUGGAUGAAAUUAGAAGAUUACAAGCUGAAGUUAAAGAAUUAGGGAAAGAAAUUGAUUCAAUAAAGCAAAAACCAAAUUCAUCAUCUAGUUGA